AUGACAGGGCAAAAGGUGAUCAGUGCUCGAUAUGGCACCAAGCUUAGCUUGAGCUUGGAUGCUGUUACCCACUCCUCGGCAGCCACGGUGCCACCACAAGCAAGGAAGCCCGCCUUUGGAUUGCGCCGCUCUCACCUCCGCAUCCUUUUUCUUCACCAACAAUUCGCCCUUUCCCGCCUCUCGCCUCUCUUCACCUCUUUCACUCUACUCUACCUCCCUCUUUCCACAAGCCCGCCCUUUCUAAUUUCCUCCCGAUCUCCAGGCAUCAGCCCAACCACCUUAAUAACUAAAAUGGCCGCCAUCAGCACCGUCGUCGCUCGCGACACCUAUGCCGCCCUCUCCAAGCGCCAAAACUGGGCUGCCCAGGAGCCCGGUGUCAUCACCGUCUUCUGCAUCGUCGGCGUUGUCGCCAUCGGCCUCAUCUGCCUCUUCAUCUACAAGAAGUUGGUCGCUCGCAGGGAAAGACGCCAGGCUGUUGUCUAAAUGACACAUCACCCUGACUCUGCUUUUAAAUCACAGAGGCGUUGGAAAACGGGGAAGGAUGGAAGGGUGGGUUGGAAUGAAGUAAUGAUUCUUUUAAAAGAAGAACGGUGGACAGGUUCAUCUCAUGAAGCGAAGGGGGGAUCUGGGAUUGGAUCAAUUGGAAGGAUGAGAGAUGGGAUAUUCUCUUGUCCUGAGGAGGAGCGGAUUUGGGAUUAAAGAUCGAUCGAUCGAUUUGCAACGAUACCCUGCAAUGUAUUCUCGGCGCGCGUACCAGCAGCACAGCACAACACACAGCAUCUUACAUUUUUUUGGCCUCGUAGCCAAAUUUACUUCUUAAUCAAGCAUUCAAGCAUGCUUUCCCCCCGAUUUGUACGGAUUGUUAUUUUGGACUAGGGGAAUGUGGUUGGCCGA